UCUUCCGCAUUCAUUUUUUAUUAAACUUCAAUUUUUUGUUCCCUUGGAAAUUAAAUUAUAACUGACGUUUAGAUUUAACACUUUAACUACUUCCAAAAUGGAAGCAGCGAAAUGUGGGACUGGCAUGGUGAGGGUUAUUGUCUCCAGAAGGAAACCAAUCUGGACAUAUCUCCAUGCCUUUGGGAUGGAGUAAGCCAGAAUGAAGAAGAUCUGUCCUACAUGUUUGACGAAACAACACCUGUUAAGGCCUGUGGGGAUUUGGCUUACCAUGUUGCUGACAAUGUAAACAUGGACAAGGAAUUACAGCAAUGCACGGAGAUGUCUUCACAAGUAAAGAGACGUCGAAUGCUGCAGUUUGACAAUGAGAUUUUGGGUUCCCCUCUUUGCAAUGAGGAGAUAUCAUCUGUCUUCUUAAAAUCGAAGGAGAGAGAAGAUUCGCUUGAAGAGGCUUUAUCUGAUAUGUCGCAUUGGGUGUCUGGUUUUGAAGGUGCGUGAUCUUGUGGAAGCGUCAAAUAUGUAUGGCACUUUAAAUAACGUACUUGACGUUGAUGUCAAAAAUGACACAGUGAGAACACAAGGAAGCCUUUCAUGUAAUCUACGCAGAGUUAGGCAGGGUCUCGACCUCAUCAGAGCUAUAUUCGAAAAUUUUUUGUCUUCAGAGUAUGUUCCUCUCUUUUAUAGUAUCUUCCUUCUCUCACAUCUACUAAAAUGUUUCCUGGCACUUGUUAUUUGGAAAAAUUUAUGUCCUCCUAUUCAGGCUCGUUGAUAUAAUAUGUGCUUUGAUGAUGCAUAUUAUUGCUCCACUAGAUGUAAUAAAGAAUCUUUGGUUUUGGACAUUGAGUAGUGUGUUACCAGAUUAUCUACUCUCUUGCUGUCAUUCUUUUCUUUCUUUGUGUUUUGUCACUUUAUGUUUAGUCUGCUUUAGAUGAAUCAUAAAUCCAUAAAGAUAUUUUCUGAAACAAGUUGUACAAUCUAAUUAAUUCAAUGAGUUUAAAUAUUUCAGUGCUCUAUUCCUGUUUUGCAUCUGCCUGCUAUUCCCAUCUCAAGCUAAAGGCAAGGACACAGACAACAUAUUAAUGAACAAAAACACACAUGCAAAGCAUGCCAAGAAACUUCAUAUUCAAGAAGCAUUUGGUCUUACUAGACUCAAAGAUCAACUCUAGUUCUUGAAUUAUUUUGUUGAUGGUUUCCGACUCUGUCAUCAUUUAUCUGAUUUAUUGCAAUCUUUGCUUUUGUUUCUCCUUGGCAACAAAAUCUCAUUUAUUUGAUUUAUUUUUUGUG